AUGGACGUCGGAAGUUGGUGCAACUCAGGCCACCGGCACGGCGGUUGGACCCGUAGCUUCUCGGAAACCACCGAGUCCGAUGACUUCGUGCCGUUUUACUCGCCGCUGACCAGAUCAAAGAGUACACCCAUUUGGAGAUUGAUGUGGAGGAAGAUCAAGAAAGAGAAAAAGAAGAUUUUGGAGCGUUCAACUACCGUGCAACGCAGUUAUGAUAUACACGCUUACGCCCAGAAUUUCGAUGAGAGCUCAACGUGGGACGAUUCCGAUUGUCUCUCCUCUCGCUCCUUCUCCGCUCGAUUCGCUGUUCCAUCAAGAAUCUUUGAAAAGAAUGAAGGACCUUUGGAUUGA